AUGAACGAUCCAGACCAGCAAGUUGUCGACAGGACCUAUCUGUUGAUACACUCGUAUCUCACCUCGCAUGGUCAUGUAAAGGCAGCAAAGUCUGUGAAAAAAGCCGCAAAGGCGUACAAAAACAUUAGAAUCAAGCCUGGAGAAAAUGAACCAUCUGUUGGACUUGAAACCAUCGUCUCCGAAUGGGCACACUUUUCCUCCAGGAUGCCGGAGUUGGAGAAUACCGUUAAAAAGCUAGAGCAGCAAGUCAAAACUCUGGAGGAUGAACGAGAACAACGCAAGAGAAAAAGGUCUCCGUCCUCUUCAUCCUCCUCUUCUUCGUCUACUUCAUCUUCUUCGUCUUCAUCUUCAAGCUCGAGCUCAAGUUCAAGCUCUGAAUCUGACUCCGGUUCUUCCUCGAGUUCAAGUAGCUCUAGCUCAUCUUCAUCUCGCAAAAAGUCUUCAAAAGGGAAAAAGGAGAGCGCGGCGAAGAGAAAAGCUUCCACAGGAGCGCAGGAAGAGUCCAGCGACUCAUCCACUUCAGAAUCUGAAGAAGAGGAUGAAGUUGCCAAGACCGUUCUCGCUCCAAUUACACCUCAGUCGGAGAUUCCGCAGCCAAGGCUAGUAGAUACCAAGAUGACCUCCGAGAGCUCUUCCUCAUCAGGUGACACUUCGCCUGCUGCUCAAACCAAACCCUCGACGUCUGAAAGCACAGAGGUAGAGGAAGCCAAAGUGACCAAACGACGAAAGCUCGAGAACGGGUCGGCAGCUACCCAAUCCGUAUCCACAGCCCGAAAAGAUAAAUCGGAUCCGGCCAAUAGUAACAGAAACCGUCGUACCGGUGUACCGUUUCAACGUAUCCAGGUAGACAAGAUCCAGUACGCUGAUCCUCGUUUGAAAGAUAAUACGUUUGCUGCACGGGGGGCUCGUCACGAUGACUAUGGUUCCAAGGCGUCAGCCGAUCUGAUUGUGACCCGAGGUGCUGGCUUUCGAAAGGAAAAGAACAAGAAGAAACGGGGAAGCUACCGAGGGGGCGAGAUAACGGUCCGCAUAUACUCUUCGGAGUCAUCGAUUUACACGAGGCCUGAACUUGGUCCCCUACGCCGCCUGGCGUUUGCGCAAAGCGUCCACGGAACGCCACGAAUAAUGUCCAAUCAACUUGUAUUACCGUUCAAGCGAUCAACAAACCCGCCAAUAUCCGACGCGGUCCAGGAAUACAUCUCGAAAUACCACCCGGAGACGCUCCCUGACGCUUUUACGUGGGAUGUUGCGCAAUGGGUCUCCCUUAGAUCAGAAAUAUGCAGCGGAAAUGUUCAUUCGACCGUCGUAGAUAGCGCUCUCAAAUAUCAUGCGCAGCUCGUCCUGAUGCUCACAAAGCUCCCAGUUGACAUCGACCUCCCGUUUACUUACCAUCACGCGUUCCAAGACACCCAACCACCUCUGUCGCUUUCUAAUCUCGCAUACGAACGAAUAUGCGUCCUUUUCAACCUCGCGGCCCUCUUCUGCCAGCUGGCCGAUGCGCAGAACCGCUCUAACACCGACGGCAUCAAGCGUGCCUCUGCAUAUUAUCAAGCAUGUGGCUAUAACGCUGCGGGCACUCUGACAUACAUUCUUGACAAUGCCCUCCCUGCAUUCGUCUCCUCGCUCACUCAGCCCAUUUCAACAAACGACCUGGCAAAACCAGUCAUUAAAGCUCUAGAGUAUUUGAUGCUUGCACAGGCGGCUGAGUGCUACUGGCUCAAAGCCGUAUCAGACUCAUUGCGAAACGGAACCAUUGCUCGGCUAUCGAUGCAGGUUGCAUCCUAUUAUGGCUUGGCUUAUAGCACGCUUCAAGCUGCACCGGCCCUCGUGGCUUCAGCCUUGCCAUCGCAUUGGAUGGCCCACUUUCAGACCAAGCAGCAUCACUUUGAGGCUGCCGCUCAGGUACGAAAGAGCAUGGAUGAUUCUGAGAAUGGAAAAUACGGUAUUGAGCUUGGACGACUCGCUAGCGCCCAAAUACACGCAAAGCAGGGCCAAGAGAGCGCACGAAGAGGCGUGAUGGCAGCUGUUGUUGAGGAUAUCAACACAUUGUCUAAUUGGAUUGAAGAGCAAACCGCCAAGUCGCGGCGGGACAACGACUAUAUAUAUCAUCAAGAUGUUCCACCUGUAUCAGCGCUGGAGAUAAUAGAACCGGCAAAUCUGGUCAACAGUGCCGUUCUGGGAGGCUUACGAGAUCCUCAAACCGCACUCAAUGGGGACGACGCUUUGUUCUCUGGUCUUACAAGCUGGGGUGCACGUACAGCAAUCGAGAUCUAUAACGAACGCAAGCGCACAAUCAUCAACAACCUCAAACAGCUUCAGCAGGAUCUCGAUCGAGUAGCUUCUACCAAACUCCAAGAGUCAAACCUGCCAGCUGGCCUCGAGAUGAUGGAUCGGCCCCUGACACUGCCACCGACGAUCCUGGCAAAGGCUGCAGAAGUACGAGCAGAUAACGGUGCACUGCGUAUUCAGCAGAUGUUGAAUGACAUUGAUAUCCUGGCCAACCAGGAUCGUGCUCUCUUGAAUGAGGCCUAUGACAUUCUGGACGCGGAGAUUGAGGAGGACGAGAAAUAUCGCAAGAGGUUCGGAAGCAAGUGGUCCAGGGAAUCAUCCAACGACGCAAACGAGGAGCUCAUCUCCAAGGCCAAACAUUUCAGUGGUGUUCUGGAACGUGCAUCAGAGACGGAUCGCACAGUGCAAGACAAGUGGCACGAGUGGCGAGCGGGGAUCGAGACCCUGUCCGCCAACGAGGAGGUCUUGAAUCGUCUACCGUUGAUCAGCCCCUCCUCCAAGAGCUCGUCUUCACCUUUGUCCACACAGACAAAGUCGCAUGCCCGGAUCCUUCGCGGACUUUUGGAAUCGCUCGACGAGCUGCGUCGAAACCGGCAUCAUAGUGUAAUCAGAGCACAGAACUUGGCUUCAACCGAUGACAUUUCGGAUCGUAUCAAGCUGGCAGCACUCGGUUUGGAACGAUGGACACAAGUCAAGGCCGAAAUGUUUGAAGACGUCUUGGCCGAAGAAUUGCAAAAGUACGAGAAAUAUCGCAGCGAUAUCCUUAUGUCAGGCGAAGAACAAAAAGGCCUCAUCACAAAGAUUGAGGAGAGAAACGCCCAACUUCUUCAGAGUCGACGGGAGGAUCCAGUCAACAAGAAUCUUGACAAGCUCGUCAAAAAUCUGACAGCUGCCCAUCUCAAAUACAAGGAGAUCGUGCAGAACUGCUCCGAGGGCAUCAAGUUCUACAAUGACUUCCUCCAUCAUCUCAAUGAGCUGCGAGACUCGUGCAAAGAGUGGGCAUAUCAUCGACGACAAGAUCUGAACUCGUUGGUGGAAAACCUCGAGCUCAUCGGAUUAAGUACUCCUCCCAGUCAAUCUCCCAUCACUCCCAGUGACGAUAUCGCCCCUACUUUGUCACCUCCAGGCUCGUCACCAGAGACAACCACAUCCUCGCCUCCAGCAUCGCCGACGACGUCUCGUAGCUCUAAACGCGACAAGCUGACGCCGAGAAGCAAUUCGACUGCUAUUAUUGCCGAUCUUCCUCCUCCUAACUCCAGCCAGUGGGAGCCACUAGUACCGGUGCCGGCCACCUCGUCGCCUGUUGUGCGAACGAACAAGGGCACGACGACCCAAAAGGCGAAGCGCCAGUCGCGAGACGAGGAGGGACCUUCUAUUCAUACGCCACAGAGUGCUGGUACCAGUUCUGCACCAAAGCCAAAACGACAAGUCUACUGA